CAUCCCAAGUAUAAAAGAGUAAGUCUGAAUGAAAAACAAACAAACUAUGAUAAUGACAUUGCACUCAUCAAAAUGUCUAAAAGGGUGCCUCUAGGUCCAAACAUCAGGCCAGUGUGUCUGCCUGACAAAACAGAUGAACCUGUGACAGAGCUCACAAUAGUGUGGAAUGAACACAGAAGUCCUUUUUGGUGGGUGGAGUUUUUGGUGGAAGCCAGCCAGUCUGGGACAAAUUUCCCUGGCAGCUACUCCACAGGAUAUAAAGGAGUAAAAAUGAGUAAAAAUCUGCUUCAUGCAUCUGUCCAGAUAUUUCCACUUAAUGAAUGUGAUUCAUUGGGUUUGCCUGUCACUGAUAACAUGAUCUGUGCUGGAGGAGACCAAGUAGACAGCUGUCAGGGUGACAGUGGAGGUCCUUUGUUUUCUCCUGUUUUGGGCUAUGGGUCUCCAGACAAGCCCUAUCGUCUUACAGGCAUUGUAUCAUGGGGUCCUCCUGGAUGUGGCCAUAAAAGCUUUAAAGAGCAGUGCUGUGCUUGA